AAAUACAUUUUAAAGAUUAUUGAGUUUUGGAGGAGUCUAGCAGACCUCCAAGAACAAAAAUUACUCUUCGGGAUAAUAAAAUAAAACGUUUCCACAAUGUCCAUUGUAGAGUCAGAAAUUGCUAGACUUGCAAAGAAACAGGAAAAUAGCACGCAUAGGGAAAGAAUUCACUUGAUAGAAACUGACCAGGAGAUGGCUCAGGUAUUAGACUUAAAAUGCAAAGACAUGUCAGCAGUUAUGCUGAUGAAGUUUAAAGGCUUGAUGGAAGAUCUGGACUUAAUGGUUGAUGAGAUAAGGGAAUCCCUUAAAAAGGACUUAAAGGAAAUGUUAGGAGUAGAAAGUAAAAUGCCUGAAGUGAAGAAUAUAAAUAACUCCAGUACUAAAAAGGAGUUGCAACAAAUAAAAGGUUUAGCCAUGCAAAAAACAGGGUUGCUAGAGAAGAUAGUAGGAGCAAACUCUGAAAUAGUUGAAGCUACUGAAAAGUUGACUUGUAAAAGAAAAGAAGUGAGCGAGCCGAGUAGCCAGUUAGACAGACUUGAAGAGUAUAGUACAGACCAAGGUAAGGAAUUGGCCCUUGAUAAAUCACAAAAUGACAAAGUCAUGGGAAGUGUGGAAGAAGCCAUAAGCAAUCUAGACAACAAUUGCAAAGAACAGAGUAUCCAUAUGGAAGUAACACGAGAGAUUGGAGAAGAUGAACUGGUCAAAGAAAAAGUCCCUCAGAACUCAAAGAAUACAGAGAAAAUUCUAAAAACCUCCAGAGAAGAUGGAGCGAUACUUACUUUGGCAGCAGACUUUUCAUCAGCAACACUGGACAUUAGUAAGCAGUGGAGUAACAUCUUCAGCAUUCUGAGGGAAAAUGAUUUUGAACCUGAAGUUCUGUGCCAAGUUAAAUUAAUACUUAAGUGUGAUGGUGAAGUAAGGACCUUUGCAGAUAUGCAAAGUCUCAGCAGUUUUACUAGCCAAAAACCAUUUCUGAAGGAAUUACUGAAAGAUAUACUCCCACAAAAGGAAAAAAAGAAAGGAAGAAGGUAUGGGAUUCAAGAGAAAGUGGUAAGUAUACAGAUCUAUGGAGCUUAUGUACAGAGAAUAAGUAAUGAGGUAAAGGUUGCACAGCCAGAGGAGGUGAUCAACUUAGAGACUCAGGAAGAAGAGGCUUCAGAGCUAGAAGAGGAAGAAGAGGCUUCAGGCCUGGAAGAGGAGGAUGAAGAGACUUCAGAGCUGGAGGAAGAGGACGAAGAGGAGACUUCAGGGAUGGAGGAGGAGGGAGAAGAAAAAGCUUCAGUAUUAUUAUUCACCCACUAA